AUGAAGAAAGCAGAUGAUUAUACAUCCAACGCCACACAGUUUACUAACAGAGGAGAAGACCAGGAGAAAUGCUUCCAUUUGUGUACCCUCCGUCGUUGUAGUAAGACGGCGAUAGAAAAGACGUGUUCUCUUCAGCAGCACCAAGAAGAGGGUAAGAGUUUUGAAACUUGUGUCUCCCUUCCUGCUCAAGCCCCAGGAUUCACAGACCUCUACGAAAGUAAAAAUCUUGACGAUAUCGACACCCAAAAGUCGACUUUGGAGGAGAUCAUUCAAGCUGUAGAAGAUGACACGAUACAAAUAGUUGGAAUCAAUGGCUUAGGAGGUGUAGGUAAAACUACAUUAGCCAGUGAAGUUGCUAGCAAGAUGAAUAAUCAAUUUGAGGAUACUGUGUUUAUAACAGUCUCAAAAACUCUUGAUGCUAGAAUGAUUCAAGAAAAGGAAGAGCUGGAGCUUGAGAAGCUGGGCAUUCCAUGUAGAAGCAAGUACCCGAAUUACAAGAUUUUGCUUACAUCUAGAAGCAAGGAUAUAUGUGUGGCCAACAAUGCCCAGACUAAUGUUUCGGUAAACCCUUUGCAAGGUGAAGAAGCAUGGACCCUUUUUGAACGUGUAGUUGGUAAAAGUGAAUGGGAUGAUAGAUUGAAAAAAGUUGCGUUGAAGAUUGUUAAAGAGUGUGGUGGAUUACCACUUUUUAUUCAAGCUCUAGGAAAAGCUUUGAAAGACAAAGAAAUUAGAAUGUGGGAGGUAGCGCUUCGUCGACUACAAGCUCCCAUAGAUGGGGAUGUCACCUACAAAAAAGAAGGACUACUGCAAUUGAAGCUGAGCUAUGACCAUCUUGAAAAUGAAGUAGCUAAGUCAUGUUUCUUACUGUGUAGUAUGUUCCCAGAAGAUGGAAACAUUGGCCUUAAAAGGUUGACACAUUAUGGACUCGCUCUAGGGAUAUUUAAUAAUCCCGAUAGCAUUCAUGAUACAAAAGAUAAAGUUCAAGAGGCUGUUGAGUCCCUUAAAUCAUCUUUCUUGUUAUUGCCGGUGGAUUAUAAUUACUCAUUCCGAUCUCGUUUAGAAGAAGAAGAAGAAGAAGUAUUCAAAAUGCAUGACCUUGUUCGAGAUAUGGCAUUGUUCAUCACGUUUAAAGGCAAUGACAAGUUUUUGGUGCAGUCUGGAAAAGGUUUGACGGAAUGGAAACCAAGAAUCGACUGUAUAAAAAACUACAAGAAGAUCUCGCUCAUGGAAAAUAAUAUAUGUAAGCUUCCUGAUUAUGAACUUGAUUUACCACACCUUGAUACCUUCCUUAUACAAUAUAACAAACUUACCAUUGUUCCGGAUGAAUUCUUUUGGGGCAUGAAAGAGCUUAAAGUUUUAGAUAUGUGGGGUAACAAGAUUUCAUCUCUUCCACAAUCACUAAAGCAAUUGACAGUACUCCGCUUGCUAGAUCUAUAUGGAAACAAAGUCUGUGAAAUUUCUAUACUUGGGGAGUUGACAUGUCUAGAGAUUCUAAAGCUUAGAGAGUUUGACAUUGGGAGACCCGGAGACCCAAGGAAACCUGGUCACAAACGCUGCCUAGAUGUUUUAGGAUAUAGCUCACUGACGAUGCCAAUUAGGAAACUGAUUCAACUAGCUGAAUGGUUACGUUUGUCAGGUAUAGAAGAUUUGGAUAGCAUCUUACCAGAUCUAUAUCAAGAAGUUUUUGAUGAAUUAAAGUAUAUUAGUUUGUCAUCAUGUGACAAUGUUAAAAGCUUGGUGAAGACAUGUGACUUGGACGCAAUGCAUGCUUGGAAUGAAUGUGGUCCAAUGAAAACAAAUGGGAAGUUCUUUUCCCAGGUCGAAAGAAUCGACUUGGGCUAUUUGAACGGCUUGGAGCUUCUGUGGGAUAACCCACAUCAAUAUAUAAGCUUUUGUAAUCUAGUUGAAAUCCGUAUUAAUAAUUGCUCCUCUUUGUUAAAGCUAUUCCCUAUGAGUGUAGCACAAGGGCUUGUCAACCUCAGAGUUUUAAUUAUUACACAUUGUGAGAGUUUGGUGGCUGUUAUCUCGGAUGGAGGUGAACAAACAACUGGAAACGGAAUUGAAUUGGUAAAACAGGAUACAGAUAUCAUGUUCACCCUUACUAAAAUUUUCCUUAUUGGUCUGUCCAAACUGGAGAGCUUCUACUCUGGCCAUACUACCAUCAAAUAUCCUUCUUUGGAGGAUAUUCAAGUGCAUGAUUGUCCUAGCAUGAAGAGAUGGAGUUAUGUAGAAAACCAUAUACCCAAUAUCAAAUUUGAGCAUCAAGGGAGGGAGUGUAGCAUUAAUGAUUAUAUUGGAGGACAACAAGAGAUGACUGGAAACUUCACGAAAAUGAAAGGAUCUUGGGAUUUCUAG